AUGAGAAUUGAAUCUGAUGAAGAGGUCAAUACAGGAUUGCUUUCAUGCAUUCAUAAAAUGGAAAAAAAUUCAGCAAAAGUUGAUAUGAUUCUUGAUGAAAUUGAGAAAUACAAAGCAGCUGCAGGGACCUUUGGUUUUCCUUCAACUAUUAGCGAAAGAAUAACCAAAUCUCCAGCUGCUUGGUGGAAAACAUAUGGUUCUUCAACUCCAAACCUACAAAAGUUUGCUGUAAAGUUUCAUAGUAAGAAAAGAAAUCGGCUAUUUCAAGAACGCUUGGACAAUUUGGUAUAUGUGAAGUACAAUAGAGCGUUGCUACGCCGACACACUUUUGGGGAUAUCACAACACCUAUUGAUUUAGCAAAUAUUGAUGAGAGUAAUGAAUGGUUGCUUGGUGAAUUAGAAAAAGGUGAUGGGGAUGAUGAUGAUGAUGAUUCUCUUAGCGGUGGAGUUUACGAAUCUCGUUAUGAAUCGAGAUCGGCUGCAAGAUCAACACCACCAGUUGAAACUCCAUCAUUUCGAAGGCCUCGUGCAAUGAGAGGUGCAUCCUCUUCGCAAGUUGAUGAUGAUGAAGAGGAGGAAGAAUUUGUGAUGGCCGUUGUUGAAAAUGAAGAUGAUUUUGGAAAUCUUGAUGAUGAGUAG